UGUCACCUUCCAAGAACUCUUAUCCCAUUCCCAUUUUUCCUUCCCUCCAAAAUGAAAGAGAAACUAAAGUACCCCUGUCUCUCUUCCUUGUUAACCCUCUUCCUCUGCAUCUCCGCCACUUCCACUAACCCACACAACUCCCAAACCCAAACCCUUCUCCUCCAUACCCUCCCUGACCCACCCACACUCUCAUGGCCCGAAUCCGCCACCGCAGAACCCGACCCGGAACCCACCACAUCCCUCUCCCUUCACCACAUAGACGCACUCUCCUUCAACAAAACCCCUUCCCAACUCUUCCACCUGAGACUCGAACGCGAUGCCGCAAGGGUCAAAACCCUCACCCACUUAGCCGCAGCCACAAACAAAACCCGACCCGCCAACCCCGGGUCGGGUUUCAGCAGCUCCGUGGUAUCGGGUCUCUCCCAAGGCAGCGGCGAGUACUUUACGCGCCUGGGCGUGGGAACUCCUCCGAAGUACCUCUACAUGGUCCUCGACACCGGAAGCGACGUCGUUUGGCUCCAAUGCAAGCCCUGCACCAAAUGCUACUCCCAAACCGACCAAAUCUUCGACCCAUCAAAAUCCAAAUCCUUCGCCGGAAUCCCCUGCUACUCCCCUCUCUGCCGCCGCCUCGACUCCCCCGGCUGCAGCCUAAAAAACAACCUUUGCCAGUACCAGGUUUCUUACGGUGACGGCUCCUUCACAUUCGGAGAUUUCUCAACGGAAACUCUCACGUUCCGACGCGCUGCAGUCCCGCGCGUGGCCAUCGGCUGCGGCCACGACAACGAGGGACUCUUCGUGGGCGCCGCAGGUUUAUUGGGCCUCGGUCGCGGCGGCUUGUCUUUUCCUACCCAGACCGGAACCCGGUUCAAUAACAAAUUCUCUUAUUGCCUAACCGACCGAACCGCUUCCGCUAAACCGUCUUCCAUUGUGUUCGGUGACUCCGCUGUUUCUCGAACCGCCCGGUUCACUCCUUUAGUUAAAAACCCUAAGCUUGAUACAUUUUAUUAUGUUGAGCUUCUUGGGAUCAGCGUUGGCGGCGCGCCGGUUCGGGGAAUUUCGGCUUCGUUCUUUCGGCUCGACUCUACCGGGAACGGUGGGGUGAUUAUUGACUCGGGGACUUCCGUCACGCGCCUCACGCGCCCUGCUUACGUGUCAUUAAGAGACGCUUUUCGGGUCGGGGCUUCGCAUUUGAAGCGCGCGCCUGAGUUCUCGCUUUUUGACACGUGCUAUGAUCUUUCGGGGCUGUCGGAGGUUAAGGUUCCGACCGUGGUUCUGCAUUUUCGGGGCGCUGACGUGUCGUUGCCGGCGGCGAAUUAUCUCGUUCCGGUGGAUAAUAGCGGGAGCUUUUGCUUUGCGUUCGCCGGAACGAUGAGUGGGUUGUCUAUUAUCGGGAACAUUCAGCAGCAAGGGUUUCGGGUCGUGUUUGACUUGGCGGGUUCUCGGGUCGGGUUUGCCCCAAGAGGAUGCGCGUGAUUGAAAAAAUGUUUAACACAUCUUUUUUCCUUUCCCCUUAUUUUAAUUAUUCCUUUUUUUUUUAAUUUAUGUAUCUUACUCUUGAUGUUUUUAUCGUAUUAUCUAGUGAAAUGCUACUUACAAGUUACUAGUGGUACAGUAAGAAAUAGUUAGCUCGUUAAAAUGCUACAAAUUUCUAUGUACUGAUGUUAUUUUUAUAUAUGUACUCUAAAAUUGCUAUUUAAAAUGGAGGGAUUAAUGAGAAAACAUUGUUGUUUGAGUAAAUAUCAA